ACAGGAAAUUUCGCUGUUCACCUGUCAAUUUUUCACUGGUUCCCUUCAAUUUUUUACUGAUCGCGUGAGGUGGAGCUCCCACACUCGAACUGGCAGACUAAAUUCCGACAGAUAAUUUUUUUCCGAUACUUCAAAUAGGGCCUAAAAUACAUCUCAAAUGAAAAACACAUCUCUAGUACCUGAUGUUUAUUUUUAUGAAUAAUUCCCCGCGGAAGAAUUUAUUAUUCUGGUGACAGUGUAAUUACCACAAGUUUUGUGAUUUCCUAAAUUAUUGCGGUCUGAUAUAUUGACGAAAAACAUAUGAUAGUGUAUAUCGUCAACUACUUUUGAUUCUCGUCUCGCAGGUACCAUCAGACCUCCGAAAAUGGCAGUGGAGCCAAUCACAUCGCCGGAGCACGAAACCCCCCAGAGUCGUUUCACGCGAUACCUCUACGUGGGAAAAGAGUACCCAGUGUACCACUCGGGUUCCUGGUCGAACCCCGCGAAUUUCAGUCUGGACAAGCUCCCCUCCCUGGAGGACCUCUCCUCCUCCCCCGAAACCGCGCUCCUCCCCCUCGACAGAAUAAAAUCCACCUUCGCCUCCGGCGUGAUCCACCAGCCCGAAACCCUGAUCUUCGCGCUGGCAGCCUCAGCUCGCCAACACAAGAGCGAAAGCCUCCGGCGCGCAGCUUACGAGUACCUCUCCCAGCACUGCAAGAGCCCCGAGCACUUCCUGCUGUUCGUCUCCUUCGCCUCAAAGCUGAGCAGACAGCAGUCGCUCCCAAGACACGGUUACGGCCACGGAUGGAGAACAGCAGUGAACGAGUGGUACCUCUCGCAGAGUCCUAAGAGCCUAGCGGAGUGCGUCACCAGAUGCAAAAGCAGAUACGGCUGGAGCCACAAGGACAUCAUAAAGCUGUCGCACCCAGUGACGAAGAAAUGCCCGGCAGACCUCCAAGCAGUCAUCAAAUACAUCGUCUUUGGUCUGGAGAAAGCGAAACUCGAGUUCGAGAACGAGUCGAGGGCGCAGGAGGUGCUGGAGCUGAUGGAGCGAGUCGAGGAUUUCAGGCAGUGUCAGGACCCAGUGAGGGCUGCUGGCCUCAUCAGAACCCACCAUUACACCCUAGACCACGUUCAUCCGGACCUGAUGAAGUCUCCUGACGUCUGGGAGGCUCUGGUGGAGACCAUGGACCUGCCCUCGGUGGUCCACAAUCUCCAGAGGAUUCAGAAUGCUGGACUCCUCGGCGGGGGCUCUCAGGUCUCGGAGAAGAUCAUCACUGCUCUCAUGAGUAAGGAGCAAGUACUGAAGUCCAAGAUCAGUCCCUCUGUGUUGCUGCUGGCGGCGAAGACUUAUGAGAACCCUGAUGGGGUCCCAAUGCCUGUGAAGAGGCGCGUUGGGAGGAAGAACAAGCUGAAGCACAAGAGGAUUCCCAGACCUGACGGGAGGAUCAUUGAUGCCAUGUACUUGGCGCUCAAUGUUUCUUUCUCGAAUGUCGAGGCGACUGGACUCAAGUAUCUGAUAACUGUGAGCACUGGGGGGUGGAGGAAGACUCAGGGCGGUCAGGUCGACCUCGUCGAGGCCAAUGGCCCAUGGGUGGUGGAGGCCGCGUGCAUCUUGGCUCUUGGACUGCUCAGGGCUGAGGAGAAAGUUACCGUCUCCACUUUCACUGGGACUGAGGGACUCAAUGCCAGGCCUGUUCACAUAGACAAGAAUGCGACCUUUCAGGAGACGGUGGAGAGGAUGAGGGCGAGGUCCACGGGACCACCGAAUAUUGGGAAGCCCAUGCUGUGGGCCGCUCAUCACAGGAGGAAGUUCGAUGUGUUCAUUAAUGUCGUGGAUAAGAUGAGGGAGAAGUACGAUUUUACUGGCAGGGCGAUGGAUCUUUAUAAGAAGAAGAUGAAUCUCCCUAAUACGAGAUUAGUUAAUUGGGUCGUUGGCUCCACCUCCACUUACAUGGAAGGGAGAAACGUCAGUGACGUUUUAACCGUCUGUGGUUUCGACGUCCACGUCCCCAGGAUCAUCGAGGCCUUCGCUAGACACCAGUUCUAACUGUCGAUCUGCAACCCCUCUGGUUAUCUGCAUUCAACCCAUUUCGAUCAUCAUCAAAAUACACAAAUAAGGUACAAAAAAGACAGAAGAAUCACCGAAAAUACCCGAGGAUUUUUAGUGAAAGAAAAAUUCUGAAAUCAGUAGGUCGAAAAAAAUUGAAUUAUGUUCAACCAUUCCCAACGAAACUGAUGGACAAUUGGAAUCCAUCCAUCACGAUCUGUCUCUUAAGCUAGAGCAGCUAUUUAUAGUGUUCCUGAUUUUACACAUUACUAACACUAGAGUGAAGUCUAGUUAAGCGAUAAUAAUCCUUGCACGGUGCUGGUAGUGUCUUCAGCAUGGAAGAAGCAGAAUGUUAAUUUAGCUACAGUGAUAUGUUUAUUGAAUUCACGAGCUAAAAAUUGUUCAAUGCUUUCUUUUCUUUUCAUUGUCAUUACUGCAAAGAUCAAGAAAUGUUGAUUGUUUUCAUUGUUUCCUGUUGUUUGAGGGAGAUUUACGAUGGUUUUAUGACAGAGGUGUUUACACUGAUGAAAAUUUGGGACUGAAAUUCACUAUUUGAUGAAAAACUCAGUGGAAUUGGUGAAUUUCGGUUCAAAUAUUCCAUGAAAAUUAACAGACGUCUGGGAAAUUUAGGAUAGAUUUAGCAUUAGAUACAUUCUUGAAUUUUGAAUCAAUUGAAUACUCAAUGUUUUUUGGUGGGGGAAGGCGAGGGAAAAUUAACAGUUUGGACUUUUUUAUAAAUGUUCUUAAUUUAGAAAUUAAUUUUUAUGUGAUUGAGUUUGGUGUAGACUCAUCACAGAGGGAAAGAAUUUCAUUUUUUAUUUAAAAAAUUAUGUAAUUUUUUUAGUGAAUCAUUUAAAAAAUUACAUAA